UUUUCAAUGUUUGUACCUAAACCUGUAACCCGUGGUAAUUUAAAUUACUGCUCUGUGGUGGUGAAUUGUGAUUGCUACCCUAUCAAAGAAGGAAGUGCUACCCUUUCUCAAAUCAAUGUAGUUUUUUUGUAUUUUUGCAUACCUAUAGUUAAUUAAUACAUUACAUUUAAAAAAUUGUGAUAUGAAGAAUAUAAUCGAAACAAGCACUUUAUUUAAAAUUUCUGACAUUAUACAAGUUCUAUUUACAAUUUUUAAAUGUACCACACAAAUAAAGUGAUUAUCGUCAUAGGGCAAUUACACCUAAAAAUAAGUGAUGUCGGUGUAUAACAGAAUAAUCAUAUAAGCAAUGGAACAAAGUCUUACUGAAUCGCGUAAAUCAAGUAAGGACAGUAUUAUUAAAGACCUAGGAACAUCACAAACAAGCCUCAAAAGUACCAAAAGCCUCGAUAAAUCCAGCCUAAGCGGUGGUAGCUUAAAGCAAGAGAAAAACUCAAAACAAUUUAAAUCUGAAUUACAUCAACACCAAGAACAUGAAGGUGACAAUCAAAAAAUACAUGAUGCUUCGUUGAAAGUGCCUAAUAAAAUAAUAGCAAAUUGGAGAUCAGCAUGUGAUAAAACCAAAGACAAAACGAAAGAUUUACUGAAACGUUGGAGGACGUUGUCAGAGAUUGAAGCGGAUGGUAUUAAAAAACCAGAGGAAAAUGAGAAGUCUGAUAGUCACUCUGAAAGCUGUGGCUGGAGUGUACAUGUGUGGACCACUUGGGUAGACCGAUUUAGCGUCGAUUCUGGUGAAAACUCAGAGGACAACAAUGGAUAUCAGCUAAGUCUUACACAAAGCAACAAAUUCUCACAUUUUUUUACAUGUCUAUUAGACCACGAUCAGGACAAUCUUAUUAGUGAAGAUGAUUUUGAACAUUUAAUGGAGAGAUUGCGACAUUUUGCAGACUGGUCUUUGACAUCUUCAGAAUUUAAUAUACUUCGAGAGAUAGAACGAGGGUUCAUUGAAACGUUUUUAACUAACAUAUCACAUGAAAAAUUAGGUUUCACAGUCAAUAAUUUGACGUAUAUUACAAAGGAUGGAUGGUUGCACAAAUGGGGUGAAUUACUGGAUGGAGCUAAAAAUCUAUCUGAUUUUCCUAUUUGGCUUCAAUUUUUUGUUAAAGUUCUCUUCCAAGUUAUAAAUAGGAGUGCGACUGGGGUAAUAACUAGAGACGAACUAAGCUCAUUCUAUUCUUCUGUACUUGGUCUAGAUGCUGUGAAAGUAGGACAAAUACUCGAUCAUGCCUAUCAAGCAAUGACUUCGAAUGGCGACCAUCCCUUGCACUAUAAAUCGUAUAGACUAUGUUUCGCGAACUAUCUACUUGGAAGAAAUCCGAAUGGACCAGGCCAUUACCUUCUAGGCGCUCCUGUAACAACAUUAUCAACAAUAAUGUUUCCCAUUGACUAUUCGGCAUUGAACACCCAGCCAGAGGACCUCGAACAAUACGCGCCUGAUCAGAAAACAAACAGGCGCAGUGUCAUCGUCUGAUGAAGUAGUUUUUUUUAUAGUUUUCCAUUAUUAGAUUGUACAUAUUUCUUUUAUAUUUUUGUAGAGUACUAAAACUGUUUUGCCUCAACUGUGGUCCAUUAAGAUAUUAAACGUUUUCACAACACCAAUGUGCACACUAAGGUAUACCAGACCUGUUGAUUUUCAACCUGAGAGAAUUCGAAAAGUGUGAAAUAACACAUGAAAAUCUUAUUUUUAAACUAACUUAGGUUGAAUGACUGCAUAAUGCGAAUUAGUAAAAAUUAGAUGUUCUUUUGCAGUUUCCAAAAUUUAUUAAAAGGAAUAUUAGACAAAAUUUAAAGUAAAAAAUACUGGUUUAAAUUACAUACAUUUUAGUGAUGGAUAAAAUAUUUUUUCUUAAAAAACAAUGUUGAAUAAUUUAUAAAAAUGAACAUAAAAACUACGUUUCUUAUUCUAUCGGGUUGAAUGGCAAUUGAAACAGUCUAGAAGCGAUUCUUAUAAUUGUUUUAUCUAACAGCUUCUAGAUUUACUUAAUUUUAAAGGACACACAUACACACAAGUGCACCUUUCUUAAUAAAGAUUCUAAAUAGUAUGUGAUACUAAAUUGUUACAAAAAAUAAUAUGUUAAAUGUCUUUCUUGUCUAUUAAUUAAUACCUACUUUUCUUAAUUUCAUAAAAGGAAAUUGUUUAAUUUUACUUUUGAAAGUUUUUCAAAAUUCCUUAACACAUCGCUGUUGCCCUUUUAUUACACAUGAUAUGUCUUUAAAUUAAUAAUUUUGAAAUUCCACCAUAAUUUAAAAUUUUUCUCACAUUCUUGAAUUUUAGUAAGUAUUAUAGAGUACAUGAACAAUUGAGUAUAAUUUAAAACAAUUAGGACAACAAUAAAAAUGGUCACUCUAAUGUUGGUGUGUUUUAAAAAAAGCUUUAAACUUGAUGACUUUAAGACAAAUUAAUUUAAUUGCAGAACUGUGAACCAGAAAUGUGAUAAAAGUACCUCAUAUAUAUAGUUUCCUAUACAGUGGGCAAACGCGAACUGAAAACCCUGUGGUUUAUAGUUCUGUGACAAUUUUUUUUUAUAGAGAUUUUUGAAUAUUUAUAUAACAGCUUGUUAUAUUUGUCAUAAAACAAUAUGAGUUACUGUUUGAAAAUAAUAUAAAAACAAACUUCAUUGAAGAUGUUUAAAGCAAUAAUAUAUGCCUAUAUGAAAUAAGAUAAUCUAGAAACCUAUAUGCUCAAAAUUAUAGUUAUGUAGUGUUAUAUUAAUUUUGCAAACAUAUAUUUGGGCAAUUUGGUAAAUUAUGUAUAUCCAAUAUUAUAACUCAGCAAACAGUUGUUUGCAAGACAUUAAAUUCCAUAGACUCUAGUAAAACUACAAUAAAAACCACAAAUUUGUAAUUUAUGAUAAUAUAAUUAUUUUUUGUUGCUAUAUAGAGAAAAAAUUAUAAAUUGUUUAUCUUAUUAUAAGCUUGAAACUAGCUGCCUAAUUUUAGUAGUCUACUAUCCUUUUGUAUUCGGCUCAAUUAAGAAAUCAUUGCUUAUUUAUUUAAAAAAAGUACUUAAGUAUAUAUAUUUUACAAAUUUCCCAAACCUCACAAAUGAAUUUAGAAAACUAAAGCUCAUAUGUUAAUUUUUUACUAAAUAUUGAAAUAAUGGCUUUAAAAAAGAUUGAAUUGAACAUGAAAAUAUGAUAAACCAGUUUUUUCCAAUAUUUUUCUCAAAUAUUUAUUAGUCAUGAGAAUAUUCUCAAUACAUACAUUAAGUUCAAGCUACUUGAUCUCAAGAAACACAAAUUCGUCUUGCCAUUGCAAAUAUUAUGUCCAGUGGAUUGAGCUUUUCUGUAAAUAAAUUGUAAUAAUUAUAAAUAUACUUUAAAACUUUAUCUCCAAAAAUCCAAGACUGUAAAAAUUCUUAUUGUAAGUAAGCACUUGGGUUCCUUAAUUGUAGCUUUUGAAAAAAAGUAGCACAUUGUUAAAUCUAGACUACUAACUUAUUUUAACAAUAGUUUUAACUGCCAUAUUUUAUAUGAAUAAAAAAUACUUUUUAUUAGCAAUAUUUCAUAAAUAGUAAUCAUCACAUUUUGGAAACUAAGAUAAAACACAUUCCCUAGAUCCAAACAAAAUAAAAAUAAUAAUAACUGAACAGAACCAGCCUAAAUAGUUUAGCUUUCUGUAUAAAGCAAAUCAUUAAAAUAAAAUACUAUACAAAGCUAUUGCAUUAGAAAAAUGUAUGAAUGACUUAUCCAUAUUUAUUCUCAUUUCAUUCAUAGUAAUACUGAAAAAAAAAAAAAAUAAUAAUAAAUUAGCCUACAUAACACAUUUUAAGUUAACAUAUUUACUUACACAUGUAUCCUGUAAAUAUAUAUAUAUAUAUAUGCAGGGUGUUCCUAAAUGUGGUGUCUAUAAUGAAAUGAUUCCUUGGCCUUUUUUAUUACUUAAAUUUCAUAUUAACGUGUGCUCUAAAUGGCUUUUUCUUGUUAGUUUUUUAAAGAUUGUCUUCAGUGAUGCCUUUGGACUUAAUUUUAAUCUAAUCAGGUUUUAAAUUGUCCUCUUAGUACUACAAAAAAACUUGCAGUUUUAAUCAAUCAAAAUCGUCAAAAGUGUUAGCAAUAUUAAUAGGCCAAUGAGUUACUUGUAUCAAUAUUAACAUGACAUUUAUGAACCUGCUAUAUACAUAACUAAUUUUUAAGAAUAUACUAAUUUGCCUACAUUACAUCAGCAUAUCAUUUUUUAAUUAGGUUUACUUACUAGUGCAACUGAAAACACCAGCAAUGCUUCUUUUCCUAACAAAAAAAGGGCACAAUAUUGUUCAUACUGACUAUUAUAUAUUGUAAAACAAAAAAAGCACAAAUAAAUAACGUUACAAAAAAUAAAACAUAAUUUUUAUUCACAACACAUCAGAAUUUAACAUCUUUUAACCAAUUUUCACACAGUUUUUUGUGUACUGUUAAAAGUUCUUGUUUGUGAAUUUCAGCACCAAGUCUAUUAUUUUUUACCAAACAUUCUGCCAUCAAUCUAAGUGAUUUUUUAAAUUCGUCAGGUAAGUCACUAUCCCAAAUUUGAUGGAAAUUUUUCCUCGACUUGUCUGAAGAAAAUAACUUCUCUAAAUGUUCUUUUGUGUGUUCAUUUGUAAAAUCAGGCACAGGUAAAGGAGGUGCUGAAGGAUGUAAUUCUGGGGUUGCUGAGGCAGGGCUAAUAGUUCCAUUUAAAGGGAAAGCUACUCUUUUAUUUCCUAUUCUUGAUUUUGGAGGUGGAUUAGAAGGAUUGUAAUUUAACAUUGGUGGAUCAUUCCAUCCUGGAUCGACUGCAAGCAUUUAAAUCAUCUUUUAUCUUUAAAAUUUGAUUAUAUCUUACCUUUUGGUUUGUUAUCCUGAUCCAUGUCUUAUAAAAUAAUUAAAAAAAAUAUAUUUAUAAAAAAAGUGACAACAAAACAAAAAGGUUACAAGUUUCCAAGUUUGCUUCACUACUUGUCACUUGUCUUUACAUG